CGGCUACACGUACCUCCCGCGCGCCUCCCUCCGCCUCCUUGGCAUCCCCGCCCUCCGCCCGCGCGCGCGGUUCUCCGCCGUCCGUUUCGUGGCUCCGGAGAUCCGGCCUCAUCCUCCCCGCUCGCCCUCGUCGUCUCCUCCGCCCUCCCCACUCCCCGUCUCGUCCGCUUUCUUUAAUCGAUCCCCCGCGCCCCCACAACCCCAAGCAACCCCCACUAAUCGUCGUCCCCUUCCCUUUCCUUUCCUGGCGGUGGCAACAAUGGACGGUGGCGGCGAUCUCACCGCGUCGGGUUGCUGCACCGGCGGUUCUUGCGGCGCCGUGCGGGUUUCUCGGUAGCCUGUGAGUUCGAUUAGACCGCCUCGACCUGCCGUCGUGCUGGUUCCUGGUUCCGUUCUCGGUGUUCUUGGCGCUGGUCUGGGUUCUGGGGCGAUCGGGACACGCCUCAGCUAUGCUUGUCGAGGGUACCCGACGAUCUUCUCGGGAAAAGUGCCUCACUCCUCAUACCAUCGGGUAGGGCCACAUCUGAACGACCUCUGCGCACCGUGAGUGUCCUGAUGUGUAACUAGUACGCUGUUUUGGUGAUUUUGGACUUGCACUCUUUUUCUGAAAGUUCAUGAAAGAGAUGUUUAGAAAAUCUACAUAGUUCUGUGACGGUGGAUGGUGGUCAUGGAAGGGACAGCAAUCGGAACAGCUAUUGAGUCAAAACCAGGCAAUGAGCAAAAGGACUCCUUAACAGAGGUGCUUAGAACUACUGAGACUUUAGUGGCACGUGAUUGUGAAGUUGAAAAAUUAAUUGGACUUGAAGAUGACACAGAAUUAACACCUUAUGAAGGAAUGGAAUUUGAGUCUGAAGAUGCCGCAAGGGAUUUCUACAGCACAUAUGCAAGAAGUGCAGGUUUUCGAAUUCGGAUAAGCAGGUAUACUCGCUCCAGACGUGAUAAUUCAGUUAUUUCUCGUCGAAUUGUGUGUUCAAAAGAGGGAUUUCAUGAAACCCGUGCUUGUGAUGGCCUCCAUUCUGAACAAAAACAGAAAGAACGGGCAGGUACUAGAGUUGGUUGCAAGGCAAUGAUAUUAAUUAAAAAGUUUGAUCCUGGCAAAUGGAUGGUUACCAAAUUCGUAAAGAACCACAAUCAUGGACCAGUUCCACCAAGAAGACUUGAUUCUAGGCCAGCUGAUCAGGACUGCGAUCAAAUCGAGAAGCCACAUUCUAUUGAAGCGGACCCUGUUCAGGAGCCAUUUGAGGGUAUGGAAUUUGAAUCGGAAGAAGCUGCAAAAUUUUUCUAUGUAAACUAUGCAAGGCUAACUGGUUUUCGUGCACGUAUUAGUAGAUACUGCCGUUCAAGGCGUGAUAAUUCAAUUAUUUCUCGCCAGAUUGUGUGUUCCAAGGAAGGCUUCCGUGAACUUCGGACCAAGAAAGUGAUGACAGAUGAAGGGAAAACAAAGCGUCCGAGAAUGAUAACUAGAGUCGGUUGCAAAGCCAUGAUUGUAGUGAAAAAGAUGAACUCUGGAAAAUGGAUGGUUUCUAAAUUUGAGAAGGAGCAUAACCAUUCACUAUCACAUUCUAAAAUGAUCCCUGGUACCUCAAACAUUACUUCUAGAGAAGUUGCUGAUUUUGCUGCAAAGAGUGCAGAUCCCAAUGAAGUUAAAAAUGAAGGAUUUGGUGCAGGAACACAAUGUAAUCCUGCAGAUUCCCUCACUGUCCUUUAUAAUAAUUUAUGUCAGGAGGCCAUAAAAUUUGCAAAAGAAGGUUCCGUCACAGAAGAAAUUUACCAUGUGGCAGUUUCUGCCUUGAAAGAGGCUGCAGAAAAGGUUGCUGAAGUCAAAAGGAGUCGUCCAACAUUGCCACAUUGUGGUUUUAUUAGUGAAAGCAAACAUGAUGUCUUACAGCUGAAAACAACGAGUGCUUUGCAAUGUUCAAAUCAGGUUGAACUGACAACAACAUCUCCCAGUCCCGGGUCCAGGCCUGCUCAAGAUCCUGCCUCCAAUCUUCUGCUGAUACCAACCAAAAUUUUGACUGAUUCAGGAUUAUAUGAUGGUGUUGACACUGUCGUUCCUCUAUCAAGAGGUUUUCCCAAAAAUGGGAGACAAGGUACACAUACAUCAGAAAGUUCUGUUAUGCAUUUUGAGACCACAAAGACCUCUUCACAAAAAUCUCAGAACACUUGUUCUAAUAAACUCAUCCAUGGAAAGGAGCAAGUUAUCCAUGGAAGUUCCGAAGAUUCCAUGGUUGCUAUUCCUGCAAUACCUCUUGCACUGUGCAUGCCUGUAACGCAGAACUUACCUGGAUCUUCUGCAGAGGUGCCAUACAGAUUGCUGGCUGCACCUAUUCAAGCAGUUCCAAUUUCAUACUGUCCUGCAGAACCCAUAAGACAACCACAAAAGGGUAUUUGUGCUUUAAGUCCAUUUGGAGGUGUUCUGUCUGAACUGAACAACCAUGGAACAGGUCCCAAAUCUCUGGUUCAUGCUACUGCUCUUGCUUGUGGUGCUCGUGUUGUUCCUCUUGAGGAGGCAGCUUCGCUUAUUAAUGCCAUUGAAUCCAAGAUCAGAUCCGGAGGGGCCAUAAUAGCAAAAGUGCCUUCAAGCAACCUGACAUCUCCAGUUCCUCCGUCUAUCGCUAUGUCAUCUUCUAGUGAAGAUGAGGAGCAUGACCCCAGUGAGCCCUUGAUGGUGGACAUCGAUCGCAAUUUUAAUCAGCAGAGCUCUGACGAAAUGAAGCUCCAAAGCGAGCCAUCAGAGUCGGAAACUGAAGCUGACAACUGACCUGUGUGGUGUGAAGAUGAAAACUAUGAUAUUGUUUGCUAACAGAUACGAAGUGAACUAUUGAAGUUGCUCUAAAGAUCAAAGCUUCCCUUCAAGGCGGCAGAUUUAUUCUAUGAUUUGAGACAUUUUUGUAAGAUUCAAUUAGGAUUCUAGUCACUUAUUUUUGUUGAGUUUAUAUUGUAACUAGAUUAACUCAAGUAAAUACCUCCAGUGGAGAAUUGGUAGAAAGGACGAACCAUGCUAUGUACAUGUCUUCUGAGUAAAAGAAAGGCGAUAAGUUAAAAUCCA